CAUUUUAGAUUUUACUGCUUUUGGUAGAUUAUAAAUCGGAAAUGUCUCGAGCUCAAGCAGAGAGUGUAAUCAAAAACAUCAUCCGAGAAAUAGCACAGGAAUGUGCAAGCAAAGGACAGGCAGUGAGUGAAACCCUUGUUGCUUUCUUGGUUAAAGCUGUUGUGCUGGACCCAGCGAAUAACUUCAAUGUUGACAGAACUCUCACAAAAGACGAUGUACAUAAACUCAUACAGAUCUGCGUGUCUCGCAUCCUUGACUCUCGUUCGCCCUCUCUGGAUACGAUAAAAAUGCAGGUGUACUUUGACAUGAACUACACCACCAGACAGGACUUCCUGGACGAGCACAGGAGGGUUCUGGACGCGAGGAUGCAGCCUGUCAUACGGGAGAUCACGGAUAGUCGGGCGAGAACAAGAGAGGAACUGGAGGCGCUCUACCGCAAGAUAGUUUCCGCCAUCCUGCUCCGCUCUGGACUGGGGUCGCCGACGGAUAUCGCAGUAGUGCGAGAGGCAACUGCCGCCCUGCAGAGUGUGUUUCCACAGGCAGAGUUGGGAACUUUCAUGAAUUUGACCAAGAGGGACAAGGAGCGACAGCUGAACGAACUCACCCUCAUAGUCACAGGCAUACGUCUGUUCAAUAAAGACUGUGGGAAGGGAGGCGAGGGCAUCGAUGAUCUGCCGGCGAUUCUGAACGAGGCAAUCCCUGCCACUAUGAAGAAUGUGGAUGCGGCAAUGGGGGACAGUAGUCGUGUGGCAUGCACCUACACUGCAGUGAUCGAGAGAAUCCACCAGGGACUGUUGAAAGAGGGACCCCCUCUGCAGUUGAUCAAGGACUCCCUAGUCAACAGCAGACAACACCAACAGUUCCUCAACAUCCUUAGGGAUGACGUAAUAGGGUGUGCUGGCCACAUUGAGGCACUGCAGAACCAGUUGGCCCAGAGACUGGAACAGCUGCAAGCAACAGUCCAAGCUAGAACAGCUGUGCCCACCGCACAAGUAUACCCACAGUUCAUCAAUCUGGCUCACAUCUGGACUGGAUUCCAGGACGAGAUGGUGUUGCUCUCAGUUCUCAGCAACAUCAUGAACAGUCUAGAGCCAUUCACACAAAAUCAUCGCGAGAUAUUCACUGAGGAAAUUUUGAGUCCUCUUGUGGAUCUGAACGAGGUGAAGUCUGACGAGCAGCGCCAGAAGGAGCUCCUCGGCUCCUCGCAACCUCAGCAGAGCACCGGAGAUCAAGACGGGGAUGCGGAGGGAGGGGAGAGUGGGGCGGGUGUGGGAGGAGCUAGGAUAGACCCAAAUGCAUUCACAGAGUUCGAGUGGAUAUUCCCAGAAACUACUAAGAACUUCGAAAAACUUCCGCUCCAAUACAGGGGUUUCUGUGGGUGGUAUUUGGUCAAGUAUGAUCGAUUCCUGAUGCCUGCUGUGCCGUCAAUUGGAGUGCUGUUCUACAAUGACAAGUACUACGCAUUCUCAUCUAAAGAAGCAGCAUACGAGUUCGCUGCAGACCCCGUCAACUACAUCUUCAUGGUGGCGGAGGCGGCCAAGAAGAGUCCGGAGUUGAUUCAGCUGCUGGAGCUGCACCAGCAGUUCGCCACUAUCACACCCUACAGCAGUAGUCAGAAGGGAGGGGCGGGGGGCAUGAUAGAGAAGCCACAAACCAAAGCGGACGCCGGAUGCCAGACGGACACUCACAUUUUAGAAGCCAAUCUGGUGAAGGACUACGAGUGGAAUGAGUGGGAGCUCAGACGCAAGGCCAUCAAACUCGCGAAUCUGCGGACGAAGUUGACGAAGUCGAUGCAGACUAACUUAAGCAACAUGCGAAGAGACAAUGUGAGCCAAGUGUAUCUGCCGAAAGAGAACACGACACAGACUAAGAAGGAGGGAGGGAGUAGUGUUCCCAAGCCACAGACAUACUUGUAUGGACUUAGAGGGGGCAUGGAGGACGAGACUAGGAUGCAGAAAGUGGACUUGACACUGGACACUAUGGUCGACACUAGAACUGCCAGUGGUAUCCAUGUCAAGUGACACUAUGGCCCAGUGGAGGUGAUCACGCAUUAAAAUUAAAGAGAAACGAAGGAAUAGAAUCGAACACACUAUGUGAAUAAAGCUCGCCGAACUGAACUGUGUAUACUAAUAUAAAUGUACAUAUUGUAGAAAUGUAAAAAAAAAUUAUGACUGAACUCUC